UGGGAAAAAUCAGUUGUGUACCAACUGCAGUUGCGAGCGGACAAGGAAACUACUCGUGUACAGAAAAUGAAGUUCUCCUGGGCCCUGUUUUUCCUGCUGGGUUCCGUUGCAGUUAAUGCCCAGCGCGAUAAUUACUGCGAGAGGAAUGUUACGAUUCAUAAAACGGUUCCGGUCAUCAAAGAGCGGAUCAUAGUGAGAACUCCAUCCAAGUUAAAGUUCUGGAAAAAGGCGGAGAAAAUCACUGAGCAAUACGAAUCGAUCGAGGAGCGGGUUACCCACCAGCUGAUCAAGGAAUGCUGCCCGGGUUAUUUGGAGGUGGAAUCGCGUUUGUGUGAACCCAUCUGUACUCGUGGAUGUCCUGCCCAUGCCAGCUGUGCCGCUCCAGACCGAUGCGAGUGUAUUUCUGGCUAUGUCUCGGCCAGAAAUCACCAGGAUGGCAGCCACUACUGUGAGCCCAUCUGUCAGACCCUUUGUUCUGCUGGAGCCCAGUGCGUAUCACCCAAUACCUGCGCCUGUCGCGAAGGCUACACCCAAUUGCUUCCAGAUGGAUAUGGGGUGAGUGGAGAUUGUGCCCCAGUAUGCCAGGUUGGCAAUGGCUGUGCCAACGGCAAGUGCAUUGACGUGGAGCGCUGUUCCUGCAACGCUGGCUAUCGAUGGGACAAGGCCGAAGAACGUUGCAUCGAGGUCAGUGCCGAAUCUAUCUCCGAAGAACUAGAGCUCGCCGAGGAGAGCUCAGAAUCAUCGAGUACCAGUUCAACGGCUGCUUUCACGGUUACCGAAUGUCCCGAUAACUAUGUCCUCUUCCAUGGCGAGUGUCGUGAAAAGCAAUUUAACAGCAAUGAGGUGGGCUGCCUGAAAACAGGAUGUGGUCCACACCAAACAUGUCUAGAAUCCGGCUCAUGUCACUGCUCCGAUGGCUAUGCCGCGGAGGAAAAUACUGAAGCAAGCGGGGAACUUCGCUGUGUACGCACUUUAUUGGAUCAAAUACUUGGUCUAAACGAGGCCACCGACGAUGAUGAUGAACUGAAUCCAUGGACCAUACCCAUUAUUGGAGUUGCCAGUGGUUUCCUAUUUGUCCUACUCAUUGUAGGUCUCCUGGGUGGCAAGAGAUAUCGUCAAGAGCGCGCCGCGGUGGCUAACAAGGAGAUGGAUUGCCAAUAUUCGUCCGUGGAUGUGGACAAGUGGGUGCCGUGAAUGGUCAAGUUCACUCUUGGCUUUGGGCUGUGUUAGAUCAACUUUGAUUGUUAUUUUAAUUCCAUUUUUCAUUUGAGAAUAAAGCAUACUGACUUAAUAAA